AUGAGAUUUUUUAAACUGUUGCUUCACUCGCUUCUUAAAUGUAAAUGCUGUUUAAAACUUUAUGGUAGAGUUGAUAGUUUCAAAUUCAAUAAGCUUAUUUAUCCUUUCAGAUUUUUGACAGUCAAAAAAUUGGAGCUUAAGAGGAGGAUUAUUGGUAAUGUUGUCGAGAUGAUUCAACUCACUCAAGUGAAGCAUUUGUUGCUUAAUCUUAUUCUCACUUUGCUCAUAUUUAUUUCAAAAUUAUACGUAUCGUCUCUUCCUUUAAUAUUUACACAUCAUCAGACUAUAAGAGUGAGCUUUUUAAGAAAUAUUUACCCAUAA